UGGAGAUACUAGCAAAUAUAAAAAAAUAGAAUAAUUAAUUAAUAUUUAAAAAAAGAGAAUAGUGAUAGUGUAUAUAUUUAGACAACUAUUGGACAUUGAAAUUGUUUCCUCGGUGUCUGUGCGCGCGACUUUAAACAGUGACAAUUUUUUUUAAAUCAAUCUGUUAAUUUGAUAACGAGUUCGAAACUGUCUAUUGAAAUGCCUAUUCUGUUUAGUGCGGUGGCGUGUAAUAAAAGAUUAUUAACAAAAUUUGCUUCUUGCGAUGGGAACUUUAUGGAAAUAGUUGAGGAAGUGAUAUCUAAAAUUCCAUGUCGGAAUGACAAAAUGACAUAUUCUCACGGUCAUUACUUGCUUCACUAUAUUGUACAAGAGAAAUAUUUCUACUUUUGUAUUACAGACAAAAGCUGCCAGCGAUCGAGGGCAUUCUUAUUUUUAAAUGAAAUACAAAGAAAAUUUCAAACGUCGAAAAAGAGUGAUGAAUUUGCAAACGUGCUGUCUGCGGAAAUGUACCGCUUCAGUGAAGAUCACAAUACUAUAACGAUAAGAAAGGGAGAUUUGGAUGAACUGAACAGUAUUGGAGUCGGCAGCAGUGAAACUAUCCUCGGCGAAAAGAUAUUGUUUGUAAAUAACAUAGACAAUUUACCAUACUAUAGUACUAUAUCAUACGUGAGAAAAACGCCGGAGCGGGUAUUGCUAUUAGUCAAGAAUACGAACACAAAAUUGUAUCUAACGGUCGCUGUGAUAAUUAUUUUAAUUUUAGGCUUAGCUAUAUAUAUAUUCGGUCCCACAUCGUCUGCUAUAUUGAUUGGCGGGUUGUUAUUUUUUUUCUUCCGCUCCAUAACAUAGUUAAUAUAAUCUUAUAUGUAUUGGAUACAAAAAUAAAAUCUGUAUAUGACGUCGGCAACCUUCCCACGUCCUCCAGUCGCCAUAAAAUAAAUAUUGUACGCGAUUUUUGUAGUGUAUGGUGAAGUGUUAAUGAUUUUGGGUCGAUAAAAAUAAAUGUGUGUGCAGACGCGGCAUAUGUAUAAAAACUAUUAAAACAUUUGUAAAAAUAACACAUUUUUAAUGAAAAACACUUAACUAUAAAAAAGCCUACUUAUAUUAUUCUACAUACUAAAAUUAUUAGCUAUGAAAUACAAAUGCGAUAGUUUAUAAGAAUGUUUGUUUUGAAUAUUUAAAUAUUACUCACUCAAUCACGCUUGAAACAAUAAUGACAAUUGGUAUAUAAAUAAAUAACUUUCUAAAUUAAAACAUAAGAUAUUUGUUACCCUAACUUAAUAAAUGUGUAAAGUUAUUUGGAUGUUUAAACAUUUGGAUGUAUGAAUAUAUACAAUAGAUUAUCCUUGUUAACAUACCACCCCCCAUAAACUUUUUAUUUCAAUGUGUGCGACUAUAUACAGACGUGGUUUUCUAUUUGUAUUUGUAAGGAAACAUCUUCAUUAGCGGUACUCAUACAUUUUUAAUUCAUUAGACAUUCAGAGGCAUGUAUCGUAUUAUUGUAGAUUAACUCAAUCACGCUUUACGCUAUGAACGGAUUUUAAUGAAAGGUACACUGAUAGAUUAUUUAUAGCAUAAUAUAUUAAUUAAUAUGGGUCAUAAAAGGCGACUAAAGGACCUUAAUUGCCGAGGGAAAGGCAGCAGCAUGCCUCUUAAAACACACCAAAGCCUAACUGCCGUUGCCAACCCGCCUACCAAGCAUGACAUGAUUGGAAUAUUAAUUAAUAGACAAAAACUUUUGUUUUUUACACGAGAGCAAAUAAGCGGAUACAAAAGCUAGUCUAUAAGUCAAUUAGGAACAAUAUCUAAUUACGUAAAGUUGAAACACCGACCGUGCGACCGAUUGAUAUAACUGUCUAU